GUGCUGAGAUAAUCUACGAAAGCUUCGUCUUUUCAAGAAAGUUCAGAGCAUCAAAGCAUAACCAUAGGUUUUACCAACCCUACUCAAGAAACGCCACCAUGACUUCCGACUCACUUGUGUCAGAGCUUAAGCAUCAAGUCCAGGAAUCACAUAAUCUUGAAAAUGCGAAGCAAUUGAUAGAAAGACUCAACGAACACUGCUUCGAAAAAUGCAUACCCAAGCCAGGCACGACGUUAUCGAACAGCGAGAAGACUUGUCUAACAUCAUGCAUGGAUAAAUACUUGAACGCGUGGAAUCUGAUUAGCACGGUACACAUCACCCGCUUGCAGCGGGAAAGGUGAAUCCAUAGUCAAUGGCCAAGUCGUUCCGGUUCAAAACCAGUGACGAAAAGCGAGCGACCUUACGGUUUCGGAGCAGUGGGGAU